AGGGUAGCGAUUCUUCCCUUGAACCCAUUUUUAGUUUACAACAAAUUAUUGCCUGGCAGGGACUAAAAUGGUAUUUUCACAUGAUGCAAAUGUGUCAUUAUAAAAAAAUGGGGGGCCCUAAUAACUAUUAGAAAGGAGGGUUUUAAAUCUCAUUCUCUCUCGUGUAUAUGUAGGACUUAUGACACCAAUUCUCUCUCUUUCAAAAAUCUAAGCAAGGGAAAAGAAUAAUCAAAAGGUACACGAGGAGUAAUUAAUAAAAACUAAAAAGUGUCUUGUUGACUGCAGGAUGGACUCUGAACGCGGAGGAAGGAGACGGUACGGCAACGGCAACUCGACAACCGGUUUCAAGGAUUUCGCGAACAGACUGCCAGCUUUUGACAGAGGAUUACUGAAGCAAUGUGAAUCUUUCCAUUUUGUUAACUUUCCUGAGGACUGGGGGGCGAAGCAGUUGUUUUACUUCAUUAGAACGACCGUAAAAGCAGGAAGACUAUGGGACAUUUUCAUUCCCAGCAAGAGAGACAGAAGGGGCAACAGGUAUGGUUUUGCCAGAUUUCUAGAUGCCAGGAAUGAGCAGGAGAUGAAGAAGCAACUGGGAAAUAUAUGGAUUGGUAACCAAAGGGUGGUUUUCAACUCGGCUGUGGAAAGAAGAAAGGAGAAGAGAAGAAUGGAAGCAAAACCAGCAGAGGAAGCUAGUUGGAAAAGUGACAAAAGGACAAUCAAUGCUGAAGAUAAGAAUACAGUGGAAGAAGGGAGUAGGAAGAUUCCAAGAAUGACAUAUGCACAAUGCCUUCUCCAGCAGAAAGACAUGGCAAACUCCUUCGCAUCAGGAAACAAAGAUCCAACACCGUCGGAGUCAAAAGAAUUUCCAAGGAGGCCAAGCAAAGGAACGCCUAAGACUCCCAAUGUGAGUCGGCCUGUGUACAAAAAGGUGAUUGAACUAACGGACACAGAUAAAGCUGAAGAUAAACUGAUGAAGUGUGCAGUCGGGGUGGUUUCAUCUCCAUCUAUCAUCCCAAACCUCCCAGAAAUUUUCUUUAAUGAAGGCUUCCCUUCAAUCAAAAUUGCCCCUAUGGGAGGUAACCUUGUCUUAAUCGAUGACGAGGAUCCAGAGUAUGUUAAGGAGCUGGUAGAUGGGAAUUUACAAUGGGUAGCAGCUUAUUUUGAUAGAAUUAAGUUCUGGACUCCAUCAGACAUUGCAGAGGAAAGAUUUGUGUGGGUGAGAAUCCAGGGGUUACCUAUACAUGCUUGGUCUGAAGAAAGCUUAUCAACGAUCGGUAACCAUGUGGGUAAUCUUGUUUCAAUUGAUGAGUAUACACUCUCUAAGGAGUGCCUGGAUGCAGCAAGAAUUUUAGUAUCCACCAAGUCCAAAUUGGCGAUAAAUGAAGAGUUCAUCCUCAAAGUGAAGAAUAAUAGCUUCCACAUUGCUGUAGUGGAGGAAAAUUGGAGGACUGAUCCAUGGUGGUUGAAGAAAGCUGUUAGCUCAAUCGCUGAGUCAGAAGUGAGUUCAACGGAGUUCAAAUUCGGUGAAGAUUCCGGCGGUUUUGACGGUGACAGUAUGAACGGGUUAGAGGAAGAAGAAAUUCAAACACCUACUCAAAGAGUCAAUGGCAUUAAUUGUUCUGACACAGUGCGCGGCUCAAAGAAGCUUGUUGAAAUGGGCAAGUUUUGCAACGGCACUCUAUCAAAUCAAGAGUGUGGGGAACAGAGAAAGGAGCGGGAAAGCAGGGGAACAAACCGAAAGCUUAUCAGAUUGAGUACAGAACAGGAUUCUGAUGUGCAAAUAAUCCAAGAAACGGCCCAACUUGGAAGCCCAAAAGGCAGCGAAAAUGAAGCCCAGGUGGUUAAGAACAAAACAAAAAUGGGUGACCAGGAGAAUGGUGGGCUUCAAGCGGACAAAAGCUCUAAUAAGAGCCCUCCCCUACUGCCUGAAACGAGGAUUGAAUCAACGAAGCUGGUAACUGGUACAAAUCGCGGAAGGAGGAGAAAAGCAACCAUCCAGCCGGUCAACUUCGGCGGUGAAUCCCCAGUAGGCUCUCUAUCGGACAGCGACAUCCUAUACAACAAUAGAAGAAUCAAAGAAGGCAUGAUUGCAGAGGAAGCGAAGAAGGUGCUGGAUUUCGGGAGCAAGCUAGGAAUUCAGACCAAAAAUCAAGAAGAGCAGAUCCUAGAAAGGUUCAAGCGAAUGGAAGAGAGAGACAUGCAGGGGUAUGCUCGUGAGCCAUUAAGUGUAGUUAAAAGAAAAGUGGUGAGAAAUAUGGUGAGGAAAGAGGAAAUUAACUUUGCUUGCUUUCAAGAAACCAAAAUAGAGACUAUUGACAAGGAUUUUUGUGUAUCUAUUUGGGGGCAUGAAAACUUUGAUUGGGCAUAUAAGGCUUCGGUGGGUAGAUCAGGAGGUGUAUUGUGCGUGUGGGACAAUGAUAUAUUUGUUAAAGAAGCAGUUGUCGAAAUUCCAGGAGCAGUGGCAAUUUAUGGUUUGUGGGGUCUAAAAAAGCAAAAGUGCUGUAUUGUCAAUGUUUAUGCCUCGUGUAAUAGGAAUGAAAGGAUGGAGUUAUGGGCUAAAUUACAAAGGAUGAUUGAGGAAGAUGAUGGGUUUUGGUGUAUAGCUGGUGAUUUCAACAGUGUAAGAUCAGAGGAAGAGAGAAGAGGAAGAUCUGAGCAUUCUCGCUACAGGGAGGACCUUAAUGAUUUCAUUGAAAGUGCUGGUUUGAAUGAUUUGCCACUAACAAGGAGGAAAUUCACUUGGUAUAAGAGCGACGGGUCAGCAAUGAGCAGGCUGGACAGAUUUCUUAUUUCUGAUGGUCUUCUCACGUUCUGGGGUGACUGCUGUCAGGUUGGAUUAAACAGAUCCAUAUCAGACCACUGCCCGGUGAUAUUAAAGAAGGUUAACAGCGACUGGGGGCCGAAACCAUUUAGAGCUCUGAAUUGCUGGGAUCAACAUCCAGAUUUCAUCAGAGUAGUUGAGGAUAUUUGGAAAUCUACUGAGGUUGGGGGAUGGAGUGGAUAUGUGUGUAAAGAAAAAUUCAAACAAUUGAGGAAUAAAUUGAAGACAUGGAAUAUCGAAGUCUUUGGUAACUUCGAACAUCAGAUUGCAGAUGCAGAAGCAAAAAUUAAAGGAGUAGAUAGCAAGAAUGAUGAAAAUGAAAUAACAGAGGAGGACAUCUUGCUCAGAAGGGAGGGGUUCAGUGAAUUAUGGGAAGCAUGGCAAAGAAGAGAAGUGGCAUGGAAGCAGAAGACUAAGCUUGACUGGGUUCAGCAAGGGGAUGCAAAUUCUAAGCUCUUCCAUAGAAUAGCUAGCGGUAACAGGACCAGGAAAUUGAUUCGGGGCUUAUAUAAAAAUGGGGUAUGGAUGGAAGAACCCAGUGCAGUGAAGCAAGAAGUGCGGGAUUAUUUCAAAAAUAUCUUUCAAGAAGAGCAAUGGGAUAGGCCAAAGCUUGAUGGAUUGCAAUUCAAACAGUUAAAUGAUGAAGACAGACUUUGGUUAGAAAGAGAUAUCUCAGAAGAAGAGGUGAAACAAGCAGUGUGGGAUUGUGGAGGGGAUAAGUCACCAGGUCCUGACGGGUUCAGCUUCCAUUUAAUUAGAAUUUUCUGGAAUGUGGUCGAGAAAGAUAUUGUUGACUUUGUUCAAGAAUUCUCCAGAAAUGGCAAGCUGGUAAGGGGACUAAAUUCCUCAUUUAUUGUCCUUAUUCCAAAAAAGGCUAAUCCUGUUGACUUAAAAGACUAUAGACCAAUUAGUUUGGUUAACAGUCUUUACAAAAUAAUAUCGAAGGUGCUGGCUAACAGGAUUAAGAAAGUUUUAUCCAAAGUGAUUAGUGGGGCACAGUCUGCAUUUUUGGGAGGAAGACAGAUCACUGACGGCAUUUUGAUUUUAAAUGAAGUUGUGGAGGAGAUCAAGAGGAAAAAGGCUAGUAGCUUCAUUUUUAAAGCAGAUUUCGAGAAAGCAUAUGACUGUGUGAACUGGAAUUUCUUAGAUGAAAUGAUGUGGAGGCUUGGAUUUGGUGAAAAAUGGAGAAAAUGGAUAAGGGAAUGUCUGCAAACUGCUUCAGUAUCAGUUCUUGUUAAUGGAAGCCCAACUGAUGAGUUUAAAAUGGAGAGAGGGAUAAGACAAGGUGAUCCCAUUGCUCCGUUUCUCUUUUUAAUUGUUGCGGAAGGCUUAAAUGUGUUGAUUGAAUCAGCUGUAAGUAAGGAUCUAUUCCAAGGAGUCGAUAUAGGCCCUUUUGGCCUCAACAUAUCACAUCUCCAGUUUGCCGAUGACACCGUUAUCAUGGGGAAGGCAGAUCCUACAAAUAUAAAAGCUGUGAAAGGGAUAUUGAGAUGGUUUGAACUGGCUUCGGGGUUGAAAAUCAAUUUUAACAAAAGUGUGCUGUAUUCGUUAUAUGUCUCGGAUGAGUGGGGAAGAAUGGCAGCCGCUACUCUUAAUUGCAAAUCAGGAUCAAUCCCAUUCACCUACCUUGGCAUGCCAAUUGGGGAUGUUAUGUGCCGGAGGAAGCCUUGGAUUCCAGUUAUUGACAAUUUUAGUAAAAAGCUGGCAGUCUGGAAAGCGAAACACCUGUCGAUUGGUGGCCGAGUUACGUUGCUAAGGUCCGUUCUAUCUGCCCUCCCUAUCUACUUUAUGUCUGUUUUCAAAAUUCCUAAAAUUGUGCUGCAUGAACUUAUAUGCUUACAACGGAAGUUUUUGUGGGGUUAUUCAGAGGAGAAGAAUAGGUUAGCAUGGCUGAGUUGGGAGAAAGUAUGUAGGGGGAAAAAAGAGGGAGGUUUAGGAGUUCCAAAUAUUGAGUAUAGAAAUAUAGCUUUGCUAGGGAAGUGGUGGGACAGAUUCGGAAAGGAAGAGAACAGCUUAUGGAAGACAGUUAUUUCCAAUAAGUAUUACGGUGGUGACAUUAAGUGGGAUAUCAACCAAUUUCAAGUUAGGAAAUUACCAUCCUUAUGGGGGAAUAUUGUGGCUAUAGGUAAUGAGGGGGGUAAAGGCUCAUGGGUAAUAAGGGACGGUUUUAGCUGGAAGUUGGGGAUGGGUGACAAAAUAAAAUUCUGGUAUGAUAAAUGGGUAGGCAUAGAUUCUUUGGACGUCUCCUUUCCUAGAUUAUUUAAUCUAGCUUUGAAUAGGAAUGCUAAUGUUAUGGAAGUGGGUCAAAUCUCUAAUGGCUUAUGGAUUUGGAGAAAUGCAUGGAGACGUGAACCUUUUGGCAGGGAAAGGAAUGAAGAACGACUGCUAAAGGAAAGCCUUGCUGGUGGGAUCACUUUCUCUACCCAACCCGACCAAAGAGUUUGGAGCUUUGAUACUGCAAAUGGAUACACAGUGGGCAAGGCUUACUCAAUGAUGGCUGGACAGAACAAUAUUUUGGAACCAAGAAUCUGCACAAGGCUAUGGAACAGAUUAGUACCAACUAAAGUCAGUUGUUUUGGUUGGCGCUUGAUCCUUAAUGGUAUCCCAACAAAAUCUGGUCUCUUGAAGAGGGGUGUCAAGCUGGAAGAAGCAGAAACUAUUUGUUGCAUAUGCAGAAGGGACUUCGAGGAUGAAAAUCACCUGUUCGUUCAAUGCCCAAAGAUACAGAGCCUAUGGAUGAAAUGCUACAACUGGUGGGGGAUUUCUCUACCUCUGCCCAACUCCAUUCCCCUUCUUUGUGAAGCUCACAGCUUUGGGAUCAAAAAGGUGGUAAAAUCUGAUGUGUGGUUUCUCAUAUUCCUGGUGGUCACAUGGUCCAUAUGGUAUUCGAGGAAUUCUAUUAUUCAUAACGCACAACAGUGGGAUGAGGUCUAUGUGUUCAAGAAAUUACUAGAAGUUAGCUUUGCAUAGGAUUUAAGCCCCUCUUUUUUUGAAUCAGCUUAGAGUGCCUCAUUUGUUAUUAUUAUGUAAGGUGUUUUGAGACUAUGGGUGGAGUACCCCUUGUACUCCGUAUGAUAAUACAUAUUUGAUUCAUCA